CCUGCGUGCCCUUCCUGGCGCGCACGUUAAGCCGUUCGCCCUUCCAAUAACGGCUUUAACUAAUUCCUCCCUUCCCCCUCCAGCUAAUCCAUCCCACCAUUCUUAAUCCGUCCCGAGCUUCCGAUCCCCCCCAAAUCUCUCCUCCCUCCUCCCGAUCGCAUUCGCUGCCUCCCACUCCGACUCUGCUCUGCCCAAUCGCAUUCUCCCCGCCCCCCUGCGCAGAAUAAGUAGCGGCGGUUUUCUUGUCCCAGGUUCUGCGGCUUUUUGGAGCGAAUCCAUCCGAUUCUGGUCAAUGCUCCCGCUGCUUCUUGCCCAAGCCGCUUAGUCCGGGAUCCAUGCCGCGUUAGGGCAAUUGGCCAUCGGGAUUCGCCGCUCGUCUCCUACAGUCGUGUGGUUUCUUGAGUACGGCCAAAUUUCUUGGUCGAUCCAUUUUCUUGUUGUGUCUCCGCAUGCUCGAUUUCGGGGCCGUUUCGCCGCUGCUGUAGAUCAACUCCGUCCAAUCUCUUGGACUUGGAGAAUUCGGGGUGUGGGGAGAUUCGGAUGUUCAACCCCAUGGAGUUGCACGCCGUGGCAGAUGGUUCAGGUGUGCCGCUGGCCGUGCUCCUGAAGCGAGAGCUGUGCAACCAGAGGGUGGAGAAGCCGGACAUCCUCUCUGGGGAGGCCAACAAGAGCAAGAAAGGGGAGGACUUCACGCUCCUCGUGCCCAAGUGCCGCCGCACGCCGGGCGAGGGUGCCGGUGACAGUGCAGGCGACGACGACACCAUCUCGGUGUUUGCGAUUUUCGAUGGCCACAAUGGACCUGCAGCUGCCAUAUACACGAGAGAGAAUCUCUCAAACAAUGUGUUAGCUGCCAUUCCUCCAAAUCUUACAAGUGAGGAGUGGACAGCUGCACUUCCAAGGGCACUAGUGGCAGGGUUUGUUAAGACAGAUAAGGACUUCCAAACAAAAGCUGCACGAUCAGGGACCACAGUGACCUUUGUUAUAAUAGAUGGAUGGGUUGUCACAGUAGCAUCAGUUGGUGAUUCACGCUGUAUUCUAGAAUCUGCUGAAGGUUCAGUAUAUUCUUUAUCUGCUGAUCACCGCCUGGAUGCCAAUGAGGAGGAGGUGGAGCGUGUAACUGCAAGCGGUGGUGAAGUUGGGAGAAUAAAUAUUGCUGGAGGUGCUGGGAUCGGUCCACUCAGAUGCUGGCCAGGUGGAUUGUGUUUAUCAAGGUCAAUUGGUGAUACCGAUGUUGGAGAAUUUAUAGUUCCUGUCCCACAUGUGAAGCAAGUAAAGUUGUCUAAUGCCGGAGGGCGGCUUGUCAUCGCUAGUGAUGGUGUGUGGGAUGCACUGAGCUUUCAAGAAGCUCUGAACUACACGAGGGGGCUGCCAGCUGAAGCUGCUGCAAAUCGAAUUGUUAAAGAAGCUGUGAGCUCGAAGGGACUAAAAGAUGAUACUACUUGCAUAGUAGUCGACAUAUUACCUCCAGAAAAGCUAAGCCCACCGAUAAAGAAGCAUGGGAAAGGGGGCAUCAUAGCUUUAUUCCGGCGGAGACCCUCUGAUGAAUUGUCUGAAGAACAGACAGACAAUGGGUGUUUUGAACCCGAUGUUGUGGAGGAACUCUACGAAGAGGGCUCUGCAAUGCUUGCUCAGAGGUUGAAUAUGAAUUAUCCAGCAGGAAAUAUGUUCAAACUGCAUGAUUGUGCAGUCUGUCAAUUGGAGAUGAAGCCUGGUGAGGGUGUCUCUGUUCAUGGCAACAUGCCGAAGCAUUCACGGGUUGACCCCUGGGGCGGUCCUUUUCUCUGUUCAUCCUGCCAAGCGAAAAAGGUGGCAAUGGAAGGGAAGCUGCAUUCGACAAGUUCCCAAUCUACAGUCCAACUUGUGCCCAAGUAGCCUUCAUCGACGGUUUUGUAUACUAAAGUUCAUACAGGCUAAUAUCACUAACAACAGCACUGGCAAAUAAAGCAUAUUUGUCAAGAUCGUCUAUCGUCAUCCAACCACUGGUACAGACUAAGGAAUUAAGGAAUUUUCGCUACUAAUUCAUCACAAAUUGGAAGAUGAAUUGGAUGUCGGUACAGAUGAUAAAGAUUUGUGGCGUCAUUCCUAUGAAGCACCACAUUUAUUUUUUGAAGGUGCCUCUUUUUGUGAAGAAACCAGAAUAGAUCCCUAGGUUCAGAUGAACCAGUGGUCUUAAGGUGUGUAUAUGUGUCCUUGACAUUGAUUAGCAAGUCUCCAAGAACUCAGACUGGGUUCAUUUGUUAAUACCGGUCAUGGAGCCCUUUUUAGCUUGAACCUAGACUUUUCCCAUUCUGUGUGAUAAGUGACUAUUUUCCGGACUCUGA